ACAGAAACUGAGCUGAAGAUAAAGGAAAUCAUGAAGAAACUGGACCAGCUGAUCCCUCCCAGACCUUUCCUCCACAUGAACACCACCACCAGUGCAUCACACAGCAGAGUCACCUUGCUCAGCCGUCGAGACACCUACUGCAAAGGGGAGCAGCUAGACCUCCUGCUGGAGAUGAGGGACCACCUGGGACGCAGGAAGGAGUAUGGUGGGGAUUUCCUGAGGGCCAGGAUGUCUUCGCCGGCCCUGAAGGCGGGGGCUUCAGGAGAGGUGACUGACUUCCACAAUGGCACCUACCUUGUCCGCUUCACUUUGUUCUGGGAGGGCCAGGUGUCUCUGUCCCUGCUGCUCAUCCACCCCAGUGAAGGGGUGUCAGCUCUCUGGAGGGCAAGGAACCAAGGGUAUGACAGGGUCAUUUUCACAGGUAAGUAUGUCAAUGGCACUGCUCAUAUCUUCACUGAAUGUGGCCUCACUGCAAACACAAGUGCUGAACUGUGCCAGUACCUGGACUCUGAAAAUGAAGAAGCCUUUUACUGCGUGAAACCUCAACACAUGCCCUGUGGGGCCCUGACUCAUAUGACCACCAAGAACCGAGAAAUUUCUUAUCUUGCUGUCAAGGAAAAAAGUCUUUUCCAAAGGUCCAACGUGGGAGUUGAAAUGAUGAAAGGCUUUAAACACAUUACUGUCUCCCGAUGUAACAAGGAAUGUGUAUCAAUAAAAGAAAAAUGCCAGAUUGGAAUGAAGAGCCCAGUUCCUGGUGGUUAUACUAUAGGAGGAAAGUGGAACACAACAUUUUGCAACCAGAUGCCGUUAAAUACAAUGAAGGUGAAUGACUGUUUGAAAGGAAAACUCAUUUACCUCUUGGGAGACUCCACACUUCGGCAGUGGAUCUACUACUUACCCAAAGUUGUAAAAACAUUGAAAAUUUUUGAUCUUCAUGGAACUGGAAUGUUAAAGAAACAUUUGCUUCUGGAUGCAGAACAGCAUCUCCAGAUUCAAUGGAUGAAACACAGCUAUCCAUUUAUUACUAACCAGCUCUACUCUGUGAGAGAAGAGGCAUACAUCCCAAGGGAAAUUGAUAAGAUACCAGGGGACAAAAACACAGUUCUCGUCAUCAGCCUCGGCCAGCAUUUCAGACCCUUUCCCCUUGACAUUUUUAUCCGCCGAGUCAUCAGUGUCCAAAAGGCCAUUGAACGACUGUUCUUAAGAAGCCCAGGCACUAAAGUGAUCCUUAAAACAGAAAACACUAGAGAGAUGCAUAUAGACACAGAGAGAUUUGGAGACUUCCAUGGUUAUAUUCAGUAUCUUACCAUGAAUAACAUUUUCAAAGAUCUCAAUGUGGGUGUUAUUGAUGCCUGGGACAUGACCAUUGCUUAUAAUUCCAAUAAUAUCCACCCAUCUGAUCAGGUAAUUGAGAAUCAGAUUAACAUGUUCUUAAAUUAUAUCUGCUAA